UGUUCCAAGCGCGAGUCCCCUGACGUCGCAAAGUUUCGUCUACAGGACCGUGACCUGACCAGCAAACUGCUCCUUCAAUGUCCCAUGGACAAGCGGCGAGAAGAGGCUCUGCUGCCGAGACUCGGUCUGAGAGGUGUUGCUGCACUUCAAGCAUUCAGCAGUCGAGCAUCGCGCCUCUUGCCCUCGCGCAAAGCCUCACAGGAUGAUGCAAGGCCGGCAACAACGAUGCGGGAAGAGUUCCUGGAGGAAGACUUGGACCGGCUUGUACUGAGACGCGGCAGAAGCAACAGUGAGCCCGCUCUACCUAUCUGGCGUGAUGUACGCAACAGGGCCAUCACCAUGACGAAUGCCGCCGUCGUAGAUCUGCUCAAUCGAGCACCCAGCUUUCGCUUUUCCUUGCCUUUCGCUGGUGAUUCGUCCAAAGAGGUAUUUGACGAUAAUGCUAGCUUGACAUCGCUUGAGCUGGAAGCCAGGUUUGAGAUGAGGCCGGAGAAUAAUCGCUUCCGUGCCAUCAUCGAAGGCCUACCGGCGCCCUCCAUCCCAACGAUACCAGGUCGAUUGCCCGCAUCUCCACCACCAUUUGCGGGGCUAUCGCAGGCAACUGCCAACCUCAAUAUCGUUGUGCUUGGAGGUUAUCGCGGUUCAGUGUUGAGGUCAACACAAGAUGAUCGCAUGCUGUGGGUGCCUGUCAAGGCUGGACUCGGUUUGCGCAAGGUCAAUCUGGAGCUGCCUCUCUCUGCAGAUGCCGAAGCGGAUGCGCGCAAGACUAUCUACCCUGAUGGUAUGCUCACAAACAUCGGACCCAUCGAUAUUUCGCGCAAGUUGUUGAAGCGACUGAGAGAUGCUGCUUCACAAGGCUACUGCAAAGUACAUGAAUUUGGGUACGACUGGCGGCUCGGCGGUGCUUAUUUGUCUAGCCAGUUCAUCACAUUUCUUGAAAGUCUACAAGGUCCCUCGCUGGUUGUGGCACACUCCAUGGGCGGUCUCAUCACUGGCCACGCCCUCAACCGACGGCCUGAUCUCUUUGCUGGCGUCAUCUACGGUGGCACACCCUGGGGUGGUUGUCCAAACAUUCUCGGACCAUUUCGAUACGGCGACUCGGUUUUGCUCAACCGUACCAUCUUGAGUGCACGCACAAACUUCAGCAUGCGCUCCUCAUUCAUGCUUCUACCGACACACAAGCGCUGUUUUGUUGAUAGCGCCACCAACAAGGAAAUUCCAGUUGACCUGUUUGACCCUGAGGCAUGGUAUGCGUAUGGGCUCUCGCCUAUGGUAGCUUCGGAUGGGCAGGCCGGUGUUGGCGAAGCAGAAGACUUGAAUGGCAUUUUGGCCACAGGUGGCGUCACAGGUCCAAAAGCGGCACCAACCAAUGGACAACGCAACGCACGCAUCGAAAAGGACAAGACUGAUAUUCCACUAUCUGAAGCCCGGAGAUAUCUGGAGGAGAUCCUGAUAGCUGCAUUGCAGUUCAAGCACGAGUUGCGGCAUGAUCCAGACAUCCAAUAUCCGCCUCUUGCCAUUUUACGUUCCGAAGCAACGCCUACAGUGCGCGGUUGCAAGGUGAAUGGAAAACAAGGCAUCGCUGAUGGUGACUAUACACGCUUCAUCUUGAGUCCCGGAGACGGCGUUGUGACGUACAAUGCUGCAGACAUUCGCAUGAUGGAGGGCGGCGCCAAUUACGAGGUGUGCGCUGAUAUUGCCACGGAUCGUGGCCACAUUGGUCUCUUUGGCGAUCUCAAGGCAACAGAAGCAGCAUUCAUGGCCAUUCUUGCGCGCAUCAAGUAGGUAGCUCAUGUCCCUUGAUCUUUCCAGAAUUCAAGUCCAUCUUGGCGCUGCGUGAACCAAACUGAAUAGCGCGUUUCGCUUCAGCUGCUGCCUUUGGCAAGCCAAUCUUGAUGGCAAGUUG